AUGCUUGCCUCACAACAUCCGGGCAUAUUCCAGCCGUCUCCUUGUCUUACUUUUGGCCAGUAAACAAUUUGGCGCAGGCAAGCAUGCGUCGGUUGGUGCCCAAAGACAAAUAUUUAAAAAGUCGCCGUUGAAAAUCGCAACUUGUUCGUCCAGUUGUGUUCGGUACCGACUCGCAAUCGCGGACUACAAAGCCCUUUGCUGUCUUUAGCUUCGUAGCUAGCUAACAUCGGCAGACGUCCUGAGGCUGCCACCAAACCUGGACGCGGUGAGUCGCUUUUCGAUCACCCGGUGGAUAAAAGCACGUCUUCCCUUUUGUCGCCAACAUCCAGCCAGCAUGUGUUAAGCGUAUGAUGUUCGAAAGUGUCGCCGCAAAAGCGCCACCGAAGCGCCUCGACGCUGCACUCUGCAAGAAAAGCUAGCUAACCGGAUGUGGAAGUAGUUUUUUUCUCACUGUGUAAAAUAGGAAAUUUCUUGAUGACUUCCCCCGGAAAACCAACAACUUUAUAUUAAACGGUUUCCUGUCAGUUGUACACUACAUGUUCGGAGCUAUCUACAUGAGUUUGGCUGAUUUGUAGUUUACAAGUUCGGAGGGGGGGAUACGUGGCACAUGGCGGACUCUAUUCUGUCCGCAAGGCGCGUAAAAUGGCUACUCGGCCCGGCGAUAGAAGCUUCGUCUUUCCGAACUGCUCACCAUGGUGGUCACCGGCUUCCAUUAUCGGACGCCGCCACCCCGUUAGCAUAGGUGCUAACUUUUCGCUUUAAAGUUGCUCAUCCGUUUCUGCAAAUCAAAGAAACACCAGGAUCGCUUUGAACAAAUGUCGCUGGUAGACCUGGGCAAGCGUCUGCUGGAGGCGGCACGUAAUGGUCUGGAUGACGAGGUGAGGAACCUGAUGGCCAACGGAGCUCCGUUCACCACCGACUGGGUGAGUAAUCGUCCCUGUGCUCGAGUAUUUGACAGACAGAAGCAAGUCCUAGCGCGUGACCUCUGCCCCGCACAGCUGGGGACGUCGCCGCUCCAUCUGGCCGCUCAGCGCGGCCACUACUCCACCGCCGACGUCCUGUUGCGAGCGGGCGUCAGUCGCGACGCUCGCACCAAAGUGGACCGAACACCUCUGCACAUGGCCGCUGCUGAGGGGCACACCAUCAUCGUGGAGCUGCUAGUCAGGAGCGGCGCCGACAUCAACGCCAAAGACAUGCUGAAGAUGACGGCGCUGCACUGGGCGGCCCAGCACGGCCACCACGGUGUGGUGGAGACGCUUAUCAAGCACGGCGCUGAUGUGCACGCCCUCAGCAAGUUUGAGAAGACGCCCUUCGAUAUUGCCGUGGACAUCCAGAACACGGAGCUCAUGCUGCUGCUGCAGGAGGGCAUGCAGAACCAGGUGAACAUGAACCAGGUGAGCAUGAAUGUGGAGUCCAGCAACAGUGGCAACCAGCCGCAGUUCAUCAUCCAGGGCAUCCAAGGGGGUGUGGUCAACCUGGCCGACCUGCUCAACAAGGCCGGCACCGGGGAAUCCGAAGAGGCGAUGGCCGCCAACGCUCUGGACGGCAACAUCCAGCACGCCGCUGUGGUUAACGAGGGAGGCCAGAGGGUCAUCACCAUCGUAACCGACCAACACGGCAAUCUGCAAACGACCGGAGGCAUGUCGCAGCCCUUCUUCGUCACCAUGCAGCACGGACAGCAAAUGCUGGCGGUGCCCGCCAACACGGUGACGGAGGAGGUGGUGGCGGAAGAGUCACAGGCGCCGCCCUCCAGGAAGAGAAAGUUGGAGGUGACCAAUAACCACAACGACACGGGAGAGACAGAGCUGCUGCAGAGGCAGUUGCAGGAGGCCAACAGGAAGGCGCAAGAAUACCGGCAGCAGCUCAUGCGCAAGGAGCAGGAGGCCGAGGAGUACCGCAUCAAACUGGAGGCUAUGGCCCAGAGCCAGGCGGGCUCUGCCGCCGCCAACGUCAGCCCCGAGGAGGUGGUGGGCGGCGACGAGGAUGAGGACGCGCCGGCCGUGGAGGAGGAAGGGGGUGGCCAGAUGGUGGUCCUGCAGGAGGGAGGCAUCAUCGUGGAGGGCGACGAGGGCCGCGUCACGCUGGUAGAGACGAGCGGCGAACCCGCAGGGAUCAGCUCCUAACGCCCCCUUUCCAUUUUCUGGCGCUCUUCUCUAUGAGCGCCUCCGACAGAACUUCCCGGUCCUCCGCCUUCUCCGUGUCCUUUGUCACUUCGUGUUAGCAUCUGCAUCUCGGCCUUCACUUCAUUUUCUUGAUUCAACUUUAGGAUCAUAUGAUUGCUUCUGGGGAAUGUUGUUGGGAUACAAGCACCGAGUCCUCUUUGUGCCAAACUCUUUCCCACAUUCUUAGUAGGUAAAAAAAAAAAAAAAAACACCCAAGAAAUAAUUGGAAAGUGACACUUAUAAUUUAGAAUGAUGUAGUUGCUUCUCCGCAAUUGAGUUGGCGUGGGAAUUUUUUAGGGUUAAAAGAACCUACUGCUACUUUUUACCACACUGUGAAUGUGGCCAUUUCUCCAUUUUAAAUAUAGCUAUCAGUAGUAGCCUUGUAGGUGUAUCAGCAAAAUUGGAAACCAGCAAGAAAAUUGUUCCAGUUUCUAAGUGGGGUUGCCUACGAUUGGUAACGGUAAAUGGAAAAAUUGAUAAUGAAGGGAAAAAUGAGACGAAGGUGUCAAUUUUAUGUUCUUCUCCGCAAUGUUUCGCAGUUGAAAUGUGCCAGAUUCUUAGCUGCAGCCUACAGUAAAAAAAAAAAAAAAAAAGAGUGUAGGCUAGACCUUAAAUUAGAACACCGAAAAAACACUUAACUGCGCAAUCAUUUCCCCCUUCCUCAUCUAUACUGCGAGUUGAGUUUGAUAUAUAUAUAUAUUUUAAAAUUAAACUCAGCAGAGUAACCUUUUUCAAUGUACAUACAAAGUUGUAUUUUUUUUACUGUUCCUGGCUGCCUCGCCGUGUUGAUGAUAGCAAUGCUAAUCUUAUGAAUAUAAACACUUGUUCAUCAAA